AUGAGUGGGGUCAAAGCCCUCAAGUCUCCAUCCUUCGUGUUCGGCGACGACACCUCCCACAUAGCCACCAGGUUGAGCGAGAGCUGCUACGUGUCCGACGACGAGGGCGCGAGGAGCAGCAACAGGACGGGGGACAUGACUCCGGUCAGGAGAACACCGACCAGGUCGCUCUCCUUCUCGGUCGGGGUCACUCCCGGGAAGCAGGGAAACCCGAACAGGAUGAGCAUCUCGCCAGCGGCUUCGGUCGGAGGCAGCACCCCGAGACGCUUCAUGCCCGUCACCCCCGUCAGGACGCCUUCCAGGGCCUCGAGGAGCGGCUCCGGCCGAAAGAAGGGGCAGGUGGACAACGUCGCGGCGGAUCCCAUGAGCGUCUGCAAGGGCGGCGGCGGCGGCGGCGGCGGCGUGGGAUCAUCGACCAAGGCGGCGGUCUCCCGAGGCAGCGAUAGCAGCACAGCCUCAUCCGCCUCGACGGACGGCAAGGAGAACGCCUCUUCUGUCAGCCACCGGUUUGACCUUUUCGUGGCUCCUUCACCGGCAACGCCCAAGGCCGGCAGCGUCGCCAAAAAAAACGACUCUACAGCGUUCGAUCUCAUGCCGCCGCCGCUGCCUCGCACUCCGGGCGGAGCGAAGGGGGUCUCACAACGGACGUCGGUGCUAUCCCCCCUGGGGCGCCACGACCCCAACCUGCAGCAACCAGCUCCCAGGGUCGGCGGCGUCGAGCGGGGAAGGGCGGCCGAGAAGUCCCUCCCCAAACCGGCCGCAUCUCCGCGAUCGAGGAGCUUCAGCAUUGGCCGCAGCAGCGGCGACACGAGCACAGGAAGAAGCAACGGCAGCGGGGCCGGGGUGGACUCGAGCAGCAGCCAAAAGGCGAGGGCGGAGACACUCGUGGGGAUGCCCCGCGAGGCGGCGAGGAGCUUCACCUCGGCCCUGAAGAUUGUCGCCCCCAGGACGAACAUGGCCGGGUGGGCCUCGGUGAAGGUGGAGUUGUUGCUGGCGAGGGCGCAGGUCCUGUCGGCGCUCGGCAAGCACGAGGCGUGCGCUGAGGACUGCCGGUCCGCCCUCCAGCUGGAGCCGACCCUGCUGCAGGGCAUCACGCUUCUCGGGCACGCAUGCCUUCGCCUCGGCCUGCACGAGGAGACCGUCCGCUUCCUGAACGAGGGCCUCUCCCUGGCCAUCUCUCUGCCUGACCGCUCCGUGAUGGUUGAGGCCCAGCGCGUGUGCAGCGCGGGCAUCGAGGAGGCCAGCAGGGUUGGCAGCGCGCUCGAGUCCGGGGCGCGUUCCUCUCGGCACGGCCAGCACGAGGCGGUGCUCGCCGCGGCGUCGAGGGCCCUGGAGAUCGCUCCGCAGUGCGCGGCGGCUCAGGAGAUGAGGGCCUCCGCGCUUCUCCGGCUCCUGCGGCCAACAGAGUGCGUCCUCUUCUGCGAGGCGGCAUGCAUCAGACUGCGCGCGGAUCCCGAGGACAAUUUUGAUUGGGCCGCCGCCGGCGGUCGGACCGCUGGGACGAUUUGCCCCGUACAGGCGGCGCUUGGCAUGGCUCCCGGAGUCGCGAGGUUGUACGCGUCGGCGCUGAGGGGCUGUGGACGGCAGCAUGAGGCCCUGCCUGCGGUUCAGGCUUUAAGGUGUCGAGACCCGUCGCUCGCCUGGUGCGUGGAGGACGGGGCUCGCUGGGAGCGGGCCGGGAGGCUGACGGUGGAAGGGGAGCGCCUGGCCGCCGGUGGUGACCAUGCUAAGGCCGCAGAGGCGUUCACCCAGGUGUUGGAGGUCGAUCCAGGUUGCGUCGUGCCGAGCGCCGAAGCCUUCUGCCGCCGGGGUUCGUGUAGGCUGGGGGAGGGCAAGGCACUCGAAGCACUGGAUGACUGCUACCGAGCUCUGUCGCUCUUGUCGCUUGAGGGUGUCGAAGGAAGUCAACGCACGGCGGCGAUGGCGGCGGUGGCAGGCGCGGCCGAGGCCUUCGCGUCUGCGCGCGGAAUGGCGCUGCUCGUGAGGGGACGCGCGUACCUUGCCCUGUCGCGGCUCGGAGAGGCGAUCGGCGACUUGCGGGGAUGCUUCAAGUGCAACCCCGGGCUGGAGGAGGACGCGCUGGAGCACCUGCGGCAGGCGGAGCAGCGGCAGGCCGAGGCCGGGCAGCAGCGGCGCCGCCGGGAGCGGCAGGAGAGGGAGAGGCAAGCCGAGGCGGCCGCGGCUGCCGCAUCUCUGGCAGCGGCGGCGGAAGCAAAAGCCAAAGCCGCCGCCGCCGCUGCGGAACAGCAGAAAGCAGCGAGGGAAAAGGAGAAGGCUAGGGAGGCGGCGGCGGCGGCGCAGAAGGCGCGCCCGGCUGCGGCGAGCGGCAGACGCGGAGGCGGUGGCGGAGACGGUGGCUCAACAAGCAACCGCACACCCAUGCGGCGUGGUGCCGCGGGUACGGGAGCGGGGGGUGGCGCCGCGUCUCCCUUCCAGAAACCUGGCACACGGUCUCGCCCGGGGUCGUCGUCGUCUUGUGGUGGUGGUAGUGGUGCCGCUGCUGGCGGAGGCUACGGUGUUGGUGGUGAUGGAAUGAAGACCCCAGCGAGGGGCAGCGGCGUCGCUCGGUCUCCCAAGAUCGAUAGCGAGAGCUACUACCGACGUCUGGGCCUUCCUGCAAAUGCCUCAGAAGACGCCAUCAAGAAAGCCUUCCGCAAGCUGGCACUCAAGUAUCAUCCAGACAAGAACAAGUCCGACGGGGCUGCCCGCAGCUUCAGGCUCGUGUCGGAGGCCUACCGCAUCCUCACCUCCCCGGACUCGAAGCAGCAGUACGACCGGACACGUCGCUAUACGAUCGAAACCCCUCCCAGCAACGGUGGCGGUAGCGGGGGCGGUGGUGUUGGCGGUGGUCGCGGCGGAAGAAGCGGUAGGAGGACGGGGGGGGGCUCCGCCUAUUCGUCCGCUGGCAACGGAGGGGGCGGUGGCAGCAGCGCGGGUGCUCCCCGAUACUAUUGGUGACGGGGGCUUUAUUUUAUACCCGUUUGAUUCACAUCUUGGCCAGUUUUCCCUCUGCUGUCGGUGUUCCUCUCCGGGCCGUACGGCGGCUAUCCUUGCGACGGGGGUGAUAAGAAGCACUGCGGCAUGGAACUUGUGUCGCCGGUGCUGCUACUACAUACUGUAAGCGGUGGCCGACCAAGCCGGGACAGGUUCUUCGUAUUUUUAUCGUUUUUUGUGGAGAGGUCGACGGCUGGCUGCUGAAUCACUUGUACGCUAUUCACCAGUCUCUUGUCCCGGUCUUCGGUAGCAAUAAGAAGACAAGCGCAUUGUGCAGCAAGCAGGGGAUCAUCCGUGGGAACCCAGGGUAUGCAUGGAGGAAGUGUACAUAAAAAUCCUGCACGUGGCUGAGUUUGUGCUACCGGCGCUGGACUGCACGUACUUGGUGGUGGUGGUGUGGUUGUUUUACUGCUCGUCGAGUUCUCGUCCACCCCUCGCUUGUCUCGCCUAACUAUGGGGUUCUUGGAAGUAUGCAUAUAUAUGUAGUUUUUUUCUUGCUCGUCGAGCCUCAUCCCAUGCAGUCAAGUCUAAGUAGCUCGAGUUCAUCGUCCUGUUUUAUUCUCUUUGUACAAUCAUCAGUCGCACUAUCUCUCUCACAUGUAUGUGCAGCAUGUAGGAAAGUGAUGUCCUUCAUUUGCCUCUCAGCGAAUUCGCGUGUUGCCAAAUCAGAACGUUCCUGAAGUAUGGUCCAUGCGCAACAGUAAGUCCAACAUUUCCCCAGCACGAAGGUGCCCUUUUCUCGGGGGUGGGUUGUCCGAAAUCCGAAAGUACCACC